AACCCAUCACCAUCUACCACUACAUUUCUCGCUUUCUCUACCUGUUUCUUCUUGUCUACUCUUCGCUCUUCUUGUUCUUGUCUAGGGUUCGCUCUUCUUUGUUUGGUUAGUGUUAUUGGUGUUGAUUCAUUGCAAAUUCAAGUAAUAAACAUGGCUGCAAUAUUUACAACAGGAACAGACCACCAUUACAAUCCAGUUCUGGACUCUCAUAAGAGAUCAAGAACAAUUUACAUGAAUCAACAGCAGCAAGGAGGAGAUUAUUAUCAUAGUAAUCCACGUUGGUUUCAAGUCAAGAAACCGAGGGUUGAUCAUUAUAAUAGCAAUAAUGGGGUUUUCAAUUUCGGUCCAAAGAUUCAACCUUUACCACAAUUUGAGGCCAAGAAGGUAGAGAUUAAUAAUGGGGUUUCUGGUUUCAAUGCAAGGGUUCAAGACCAGAAGCCACGGUUGAAUUAUAAUGGGGUUUCGACACUAAUGUCCCAGGCUUUACCAGAGUUUCAAACCAAGAGAUCAGAGGCAAAUAAUGGGGUUUUUGUCCCAAAUUUGCAAGCUUGGAAACCCGAGGCUAAUAAUUCUGUGUUUGCAAGGCCGUAUUCUACAGUUUCGAAGCAAUUUCAAGGCAUGAAGCAAAGGUUUUAUGACGGGGUUUCAGUGCCAAAUCCUCAAGUGUCUCGACAGUUUCAAGGCAGGAGUUUGGAGGCUGAUAUUGUGGUUUUCAAGCAGAAUCUCCCAGCCUUGCAGCAGAUUCAAGCCAACAAGCCAGACUUUAAUAAUGGGGUUCCCCUUCCAAACCCUGUUUUGUAUAAUUCAAAGUCACUAAGAAGCCCUGUGUACUCGAUACCAAAUCCCGCCUUUGUAAAGCCUAUGUUGAAUCGUAAUGUAACAAAUAUGUGUUUGCUAAAUUCACCGUCACAAAAUUCUCUUGUGUCGUCUGGUUUGUUAACAAAUCCUUCUUUCCUGCAGUCUAAUUCUUUGAAUGAUGUUAAAAGUAUUUCUACGAAUUCAGAGUAUUUAGCUGCUCCAAUGCAUUCUGGUUUCUUUACAAAGGCUAAUUUUUUUAACAACAAUGGGGGUUUCACUCCAAAUCCUCCAGUUAUGCAGCCUAAUUUGGUGAAUCAGAAUGCUAUAAAUCUGCCUUUGAAUUCACAGGAUCAAGUAGCCUGUGUUUAUUCUGAUUUGCAAACCUCUAUGGUUGGUAAUGGAGUAAUUUCUUUGGCUAAACAUGAAGUCCAAAGUAAUAAUCCAGAUACUGCUAGGAAAUUCAAUUGCGCACCAAGGUUGCAGGAAACCAGUAACCAACUCGUGGCCAAUGAAUGUUCUGGUUUGAUAAAUUCACUCUUGAAUUCCUUGAUGAAAAAGGAAGACGAUUUUAGUGGUGGUGUUGUGUUUGAUGCAAACCAGCUUAAGGUGAGGCAUGAAUCUGCGAUUAGAUCCUUAUAUGCUGAUAUGCCAAGGCAAUGCUCAACGUGUGGAACCAGAUUCAAGUGCCAAGAAGAUCAUAGGGAGCAUAUGGAUUGGCAUGUGAUUAGGAACCGGAAAGCCAGGAUAUCUAAGCACCAGAUGCAGAAGCAGAACCAACGGAUUUCGUAUUUGGUUUGCUAGUGUUGUAUGUGGCUGGCUGCUAGUGCAGAAGUUGCUGCAGUUUCUGGAUUUUCAAAAGCUGAUGCUCCUGUAGAGAAGGAAAAAGAAGAUGAAGAUUGGGUGAGUUCCGCUGACGGCAACAAAGUAUGUGCUUUGUGUCGAGAACCAUUUGAAGAAUUCUACAGUCAUGAGGCUGAUGACUGGAUACUCAGAGGAGCUGUCUACCUGAACGCAGCAAGGAAAUCAGUAGCAGAAAGCAUGGAUAGAAGUCGACUAGGUCCGGCUGUGCAUGCCAAGUGCAGGCCAGAAUCCAAGAAGUAGAACAGGUAGUAGUCAAAAUUGAGAAUGCAAUUUGUAAAUUCUGUCCUAUCCAUGUGUUAGUGAAAUAAGGGCAAGCAGGUUUUAUACAUGUUACUACUCACUUCACGAGUAUUUUGUUUAGAUGUAUCAUUGUAACGACUUUCUCUAAAUAAAAUUUAUUAACUUUUCUGCAAA